AAACUUAUUAAAUAGAUAUUAUCAGUAGUUAUGGCUUCUGCAUUGGAUACUAGUGGUGCAGGGGAGGACGGAGGGGUUGUUGCAGUGGGAAGCGGAGACAAGACAGUGGAUAGAGAAAAGACGUGUCCCUUGUUGUUGCGAGUGUUCACUUCUUACCACAGACACAACAGACUAGACGAGUUCGAAAAAGGAAACACACCUCCAGUGGAGCUGAAGAUCUACACGUGGAUGGACGCCACUCUGAAAGAGCUCUCUAGUUUGAUCAAAGAAGUGAACCACGACGCCAGAAAGAGAGGCACCUUCUUCUCCUUCAGAGUAGUCUACCCGGACCAGAGAAAACCCAUCUACAGAAUGAAGGACCUAGGCACAACAUGUACUGGAAAGAAAGGUCUAGAUGACAAUAUAUCUUUGGCAAGUGCGAAGUUCACAAUUGGCGAUUACAUCGACGUGGCAAUAUCUAUUCCCCCCGGUCCGGGAGGAGGUCCAAGGGGAGGGAUGCAUCAUGGCCACGGAGGAGGAGGGGAUAGGCGACCGAGGCCCUACUGAUUAUAAAGGGAGGCUUUGAGAUUUGUAUACUUUCACGAAUCACUCACUUUGUCUUAUAGUGAUUAUAGAAAACAAUAUAGUUCUUUUUAUUUGAUUUGAUAUUCUGUUUCUGUGCUUAUGAUUAUUUCUUUUUGUUUCAAAGAAAAUGAGAAAUGAAGUUGAA